AUGCGUUCGCUCAUUGGACCCAUCACUGCCUUCCAUCUGGCGGCACUGCCCUGCCUAACGGCUGCCCAGUCAAGCCCGAACUGCCCAAUCCUUGGGCCCGUCUUUCCACCUCCCAGCACCCUCCUGAAUGAUUCCGCUGCUAUUUCAGAAACCCUCGCCCAGUUCAGCUCCACAAUGCGAGAGUUAGACCGUAACAGGACCUUGGCAGAGUUCAAUACGACUUUCUACUUCCAAGUCUUUUCGGCGUCUGACAAACUCUUUAACUACAGCUACGCCCCGCCGCCAAUGGCCGACUUCUUGACUUCAGGGACCCUCGACGACAACACCGUCUUCCGGAUUGGCAGCGUGUCGAAGCUCAUCACGGUCUAUACCCUUCUCGCUGAAGCUGGUAUGGAGCACAUGCAUGACCCGGUAACCAAGUGGGUGCCGGAACUUGCGGCUAUGGCCGGAUCAUAUGGAGAGAGCACGUCUCAAAAGGUCCGGUGGAAUGAGGUCACCAUUGGACAACUAGCUGGACAACUAGCUGGUGUCAAGCGAGACCUCGGGCUCGGUGAUCUUUCUACUGCAUUCGACGCCCUCGGGGAAGAUGUGGAACAAUACGGCCUGCCCGUGCUACAGGACGAUGAGAAACCAAAUUGUGGAGUGUCCAAUUUGGGCCUCCCACCCUGCUCUCGUAGAGAGUUCUUCAAAGGUAUCAGCUCGUUCCGUCCAGUUGCUCCCACCUCUCAUACUCCGAUCUACUCCAACAUCGCGUACCAGAUCCUCGCCUACGCCGUCGAGGGGAUGACGAACCGGACGUUCAAAGACUCACUUCAGUCCUCGAUACUAGACCCUCUGGGGUUGAAGCGGACGUCUCUGGAAGCACCUCCAAAGAAAGACAACGUCGUUAUUCCAGAGGGUGAAGACCUGUCGUGGUGGAGCGUUACAACAGGAGGUGCCAGUCCUUACGGAGGUAUGUUUUCCACAGCCUCCGACCUUACAAUCCUAGGCCAAUCCAUCCUCAACUCCACACUCCUCUCCGGCGCCACAACCCGGGCCUGGCUCAAGCCGGUAACCCACACCUCCGACCUCCAAAUGUCGGUCGGCGUCCCCUGGGAGAUCCGGCGCAUGCUCCUCCCUCUCUCACCAGACUCCAAUAACACCCGCGUCGUCGACCUUUAUACCAAAAACGGCAUUCUAGGAAUGUACAGCUCCAUCUUGGCCCUGUCACCAGACCACGGCCUCGGAUUCGUCGUCAUGCUUGCCGGGGCAUCGGCCGGGCGCCUGAACCUCUACGUGACCCUUCCGGAGCUAAUUGCUCAAACAAUGGUCCCUGCCUUUGAAGAGGCAGCGCGAGAGCAAGCUGCCAAGAAAUUUGCCGGACUGUAUGAGAGCUCUGGAGUCACGUUGACGUUGGGCGUCGAUGAGGGAUUGCCGGGUUUGGUGGUUCGCAACUGGACGAAGAGAGAUGUGGAUGUACUGCAGGCGUAUGGACAGUUCAUGUGGCCAGAGCAGAAUGUGACGCCCGGAUUGAGAUUAUAUCCGACGGGUAUCGAAAAAGGAGGCAAAGUGUCCUUCAGAGGAGUGUAUGAGCUCGAGGGUAGUUCCACAACUAACCGUGGUCCAUUCGUCGGAGGAUGUAUGUCCUGGGGCGGAAUUGACACACCCACGUACGGGAGCAUUGGGUUUGACGAUUUCGAGUUCGUUUUAGACGACAGCGGAAAGACCGUUGGCAUCACGCUGAGGGUGUUUAGGGAAACUCUGAGAAAAGUUCAGUAG